UGCCUUUUAUAUUACCGCAUUGGACCCCCCCAACUUCCUGGGGGGCAAUUGCAGAAAUUAGUGCCAAACCCCCACACAUGUCAUGUGGCAUUCUCAUACAUUUCCUCUCUUCAGCCUAUUAAAAGAUUCAGCCAGACCUAGCUUUAGUACAGUUGUUUUAUAUUACUAAAAAAGAUAAGACUCGUCACUUAGAAUCUAAUUUUACAAAUGGCCCAAGCUAAACAAGAACCUUCAGAGACAUGCAGUCCCAGAGCAAUUAGUGAAACCCAGUGUCCUGAUAAUGACUGCGAAUAUAUCAGUGAGGUACCACUACAGCCCUCAGUUGAGGCCACUCACGACGGUGGGUCAUCAGCUGCAGUAUAUCCCUCUCUGAGACAACCCACCACAGAGUGCCCUAACCUCAACCCUCAUGCACUGGUUGUGCAGUCACUGGGAAUCAGUACCUCUAUGCAACUAGUGGACUCAUCAUCGGAGCACUUUGUAUCUCAGGUUGAUUGUCCUCCCCUCCCGGACUUGGAUUGCUCAUACUCUGUACAGGAGAGUCAAGAAGGAAUGUCAGGAACCAGUAGGAUCGUGGUGUCUACUGAUGGCUUUACCUUCAACUAUGAGCAAGUGGAGCUUCAAGAGAGGCAUGUUUGGAUCUCGGAAGAUGAUAUUACGAGAGACCCACAACCAAUGGAGGACCAACCAUCUCCACCCAAGCAUACCUGCACAGGAGAGCUUGAGUUAAAGGCUGUCACCUCCAACGGCACAGUUAUUUGGAAGAUUCCCGACAUCACCAGACAAAGGAGUGAGGCCAUUGAGGGGAAGACACAGUGUCUAUACAGUCCAUACUUCCAUACUGAAUGUGGCUGCAAAGUUUGUUUGCGGCUGUAUCUCAAUGGAGAUGGCACGGGGAAGGGAACUCACAUCUCCUUGUUCAUUGAUUGUGACCGCCCACGAAGACAGUCAUUUAAAAGGAAGAUUUUACUUACCCUGAUUGACCAAAAACAGAGAAAGCGCAAUAUCUCUCAAGUGCUCAAGCCUGCUGCUCAGCAAAUGGACAACUCUCAGUCUGAAAUGAACAUUGCAUCUGGCUUUCCCAUGUUUGCUAAGCAGGGCGCUCUUGACUCUAACUCGUAUCUCCAUAACGAUUGCAUGUAUCUGAAGUGUAGUGCAUCAUAGCUAGUUACGUAUACUUAAUUAGGUUUCAGCGUUUUUGUUCAUAUUUAAUGUCGUCUUGUUUAUAAUAAUUAUGUGGUAUUUCUGA